AUGUCAGCCUACAAAGGACACAAUCUCUCUUCUUCAAAUUCUUCCCCAAAAUGUCCUUUCCCAACAGCUCUCCUGCUGCUAAUACUUUUUUAGUAGAUUCCUUGAUCAGUGCCUGCAGGAGUGACAGUUUUUAUUCGAGCAGCGCCAGCAUGUACAUGCCACCACCUAGCGCAGACAUGGGGACCUAUGGAAUGCAAACCUGUGGACUGCUCCCGUCUCUGGCCAAAAGAGAAGUGAACCACCAAAAUAUGGGUAUGAAUGUGCAUCCUUAUAUACCUCAAGUAGACAGUUGGACAGAUCCGAACAGAUCUUGUCGAAUAGAGCAACCUGUUACACAGCAAGUCCCCACUUGCUCCUUCACCACCAACAUUAAGGAAGAAUCCAAUUGCUGCAUGUAUUCUGAUAAGCGCAACAAACUCAUUUCGGCCGAGGUCCCUUCGUACCAGAGGCUGGUCCCUGAGUCUUGUCCCGUUGAGAACCCUGAGGUUCCCGUCCCUGGAUAUUUUAGACUGAGUCAGACCUACGCCACCGGGAAAACCCAAGAGUACAAUAACAGCCCCGAAGGCAGCUCCACUGUCAUGCUCCAGCUCAACCCUCGUGGCGCGGCCAAGCCACAGCUCUCCGCUGCCCAGCUGCAGAUGGAAAAGAAGAUGAACGAGCCCGCGAGCGGCCAGGAGCCCACCAAAGUCUCCCAGGUGGAGAGCCCCGAGGCCAAAGGCGGCCUUCCCGAAGAGAGGAGCUGCCUGGCUGAGGUCUCCGUGUCCAGUCCCGAAGUGCAGGAGAAGGAAAGCAAAGAGGAAAUCAAGUCUGAUACACCAACCAGCAAUUGGCUCACUGCAAAGAGUGGCAGAAAGAAGAGGUGCCCUUACACUAAGCACCAAACGCUGGAAUUAGAAAAAGAGUUCUUGUUCAAUAUGUACCUCACCCGCGAGCGCCGCCUAGAGAUCAGUAAGAGCGUUAACCUCACCGACAGGCAGGUCAAGAUUUGGUUUCAAAACCGCCGAAUGAAACUCAAGAAGAUGAGCCGAGAGAACCGGAUCCGAGAACUGACCGCCAACCUCACGUUUUCUUAGGUCUGAGGCCGGUCAGAGGCCAGGAUUGGAGAGGGGGCACCGCGUUCCAGGGCCCAGUGCUGGAGGACUGGGAAAGCGGAAACAAAACCUUCACCGCUCUUUGUUUUUUGUUUUGUUGUAUUUUGUUUUCCUGCUAGAAUGUGACUUUGGGGUCAUUACGUUCGUGCUGCAAGUGAUCUGUAAUCCCUAUGAGUGUAUGUGUAUAUAUAUAUAUAUAUACACAUACAUAUAUAUUAAAAAACUUAGCACGUGUAAUUUAUUAUUUUUUCAUCGUAAUGCAGGGUAACUAUUAUUGCGCAUUUUCAUUUGGGUCUUAACUUAUUGGAACUGUAGAGCAUCCAUCCAUCCAUCCAUCCAUCCAGCAAUGUGACUUUUUCAUGUCUUUCCUAACACAAAAGGUCUAUGUGUGUGGUUAGUCCACAAACUCAUGACAUUUUGAAUACAUCCAGUACUUUAAAAAUGACAUAUAUAUUUAAAAAAAAAAAAAGAUUAAGAAAACCCACAAGCUUGGAGGGAGGGGGACUUAAAAAGCACAUUACAAUGUAUCUUUUCACAAAUGAAUUUAGCAAUUGUCCUUGGUGAGAUGGGAUAUUGAUGAUUUAUGCCUUGUAGCCUUUCCCUUGUGGUGCAUCUGUGGUUUGGUAGAAGUACAACAGCAACCUGUCCUUUCUGUGCAUGUUCUGGUCGCAUGUAUAAUGCAAUAAACUCUGGAAACGA